AUGGCUCUCGCAGUCGCCGUUUACUCCCUAUCAGCCAGCGCCGCGUCUAAUACAACAGAAUGUCUUCCAUCAUGCGCAAAUCAGUACAGGAGCCUAUCUGGAAUAGUCUUCAGCUGUCUCACGACCAUCCUCCUGUGCAUUUGGGUCGCCCUCCAUCUCAAUGUCCCAGAGCCUGUGGACACCCGAGGCUUGGGUUACUUGGCUCGGUUCAAGAUCUGGAUAAGAUCCUUCUUUCGAUGCAUCGUGGCUCCAGUCUUUGUCACGCUAGUAUUUCCAGAAUGGGUUCUGGGCAUUGCAGUCCGUCAGUUCAUUGCGGCAUCCCGUGUAGCCAAGAAGAUUGAUGCUACUCGCCAACAAGGAUUCUUCAUCAUCAUGGGUGGCUUUCAUCUGUUCAAACAAAGCCAAGGGUCUUUAAAGAACCAGAUUGAGACUAGGAAGGAAAACGCAGAGGAGAGUAACCUAUCGGUCCGAACUUCCUCGGUAGAAGUGGGAGACGGUCGAGGUAGCUGUGCACCAGGAACAAAGCCGAGCAAUCCAUUUGAAGAGGAGUUUGGAGAUCCUAUCCACCCUCUCGAUGAAUUCGACGUCUGUCGUCUUCUCCAGACUGAUAAACUGCGCCUCCCUAAUACUGCCGACCUUGAAGACAGGUGCAAGAGCGAUGGACUUGCAAAGUUUCUCGUCAUCGUCCAGACUCUCUGGUUUAUCACUCAGUGUAUUGCACGGAAAGUUAGCAAACUGCCACUUACUGAGCUCGAGGUCAUUACGCUUGGCUAUACCCUGCUCACAGUGGCAAUGUACAUCUCAUGGUGGGACAAGCCAUACCGAGUGACAUUCCCUGUGCGUGUAUAUGAAACACUCCCAGAACGUACAAGAGAGCAAGAGAGGUUAAAGCAGAGGAUGGAAGAAGCCGGCUUUUGGCGGAUGGCUUUUCAGUAUGCCAUGGGCGCUCAGGGUGAGAACAUCGACUUACGGAGUGUGAAGCGAGUUCCAAUGUUUCACCCCGGGUACAAAAAAGUACAGUGGAAUGUGAGCGAUUUUGGUGGCAUUCUGACCACGGUCUUUGUCGGGACACUGUUUGGUGCUGUCCAUUUUCUAGCGUGGUCCUCUCCAUUUCCAUCCGAUCAUAUGCAGUUUCUCUGGCGAUUUGCGACAAUUGUCAUGUCUGUAGUCCCACCUGCAGCAGUGGUAGUCGCGGUCUUCAGUUUGCUAGUCGACAGACUGUCCGAGGUGCUGGGUGUCUUGAUCGCAGAUUCCCUAUUUCUAUUACCGCCCCUCUACUUUGUUGGAAGAGGCAUAACAAUCGUGCUUGCACUGGUGACGCUAGCAGCACUUCCACUCGAGGCAUAUCGAGACGUGGCAUGGUCAGACUUCUUCCCCCACAUUUAG